CGCCGAGCCCCGCCGAGGCCCGAGCCCACCCGAGUGCGCCCGAGCCCGCGGCCCCCGCCCGGGGCGAUGGAGCUGGAGCCCGGCGGGGCGGCCGCUGCGCUCCUGCGGCAGAAGAGGGCGGCGCUGCGGCGCAGGGGGUGCAGCUUCGAGAGCCCCAGUACAGCACUGCAGCCUCCAGGCCCCCUGAUGGACCCUCUGACGAAAGGGCCCUGCGGGAAUCAGAUGGCACAGACCCUCAUGUGGAAAGCCAAGUCCUCUCUGUCCUUUGGCAUCCAGCCCCUGCAGACGUGGCCGACUAAAGACCCUGAAGUAGAGGCCCAGGUCAACCUCUCUGUCUCGGAAGACCUAGGCUGUAGACGUGGGGAUUUCAGUAGGAAACAUUAUGGAUCUGUGGAGCUGCUUAUUUCCAGUGAUGCCGAUGGAGCCAUCCAAAGGGCCGGAAGGUUUCGAGUGGAAAACGGCUCUUCAGAUGAGAACGCAACUGCUCUGCCAGGUACUUGGCGAAGGACAGACGUGCACUUAGAGAACCCAGAAUACCACACCAGAUGGUAUUUCAAGUAUUUUUUAGGACAAGUCCAUCAGAACUACAUUGGAAACGAUGCCGAGAAGAGCCCCUUCUUCCUGUCCGUGACCCUCUCUGACCAAAACAAUCAGCGUGUCCCUCAAUACCGUGCGAUCCUUUGGAGGAAAACAGGUACUCAGAAAAUAUGCCUUCCCUACAGCCCCACGAAAACACUUUCUGUGAAGUCUAUCUUAAGUGCCAUGAAUCUGGACAAAUUCGAGAAAGGCCCCAGGGAAAUUUUUCACCCUGAGAUACAAAAGGACUUGCUGGUCCUUGAAGAACAAGAGGGCUCUGUGAAUUUCAAGUUUGGGGUUCUUUUUGCCAAAGAUGGCCAGCUCACAGAUGAUGACAUGUUCAGCAACGAAAUCGGAAGUGACGCUUUUCAAAAAUUUUUAAAUCUGCUGGGUGACACCAUCACUCUCAAGGGCUGGACAGGCUACCGUGGUGGUCUGGACACCAAAAAUGACACCACAGGGAUUCAUUCUGUUUAUACCAUCUACCAAGGGCAUGAGAUCAUGUUUCAUGUUUCUACCAUGUUGCCGUAUUCCAAAGAAAACAAACAGCAGGUGGAAAGGAAGCGCCACAUUGGAAACGACAUCGUCACCAUAGUGUUCCAGGAAGGGGAGGAACCUUCUCCUGCCUUCAAGCCUUCCAUGAUCCGCUCCCACUUUACACAUAUUUUUGCCUUAGUGAGGUAUGAUCAGCAAAAGGACAAUUACAGGCUGAAAAUAUUUUCAGAGGAAAGCGUACCACUCUUUGGCCCACCCUUGCCAUCCCCACCAGUGUUUACAGACCACCAGGAAUUCAGGGACUUUUUGCUAGUGAAAUUAAUUAACGGUGAAAAAGCCACUUUGGAAACCCCAACAUUUGCCCAGAAACGUCGACGAACUCUGGAUAUGUUGAUUCGAUCUUUAUACCAGGAUUUGAUGCCAGAUGUGCACAAGAACAUGCUUAACAGACGAUCUUUCAGUGACGUCUUACCGGAAUCGCCCAAGUCAGCAAGGAAGAAAGAGGAGGCCCGCCAGGCAGAGUUCGUUAGAAUAGGACAGGCACUAAAGCUGAAAUCCAUCGUGAGAGGGGACGCUCCAUCAAGCUUGGUGGCAUCGGGGAUCUGUAAAAAAGAGCCUUGGGAGCCACAGUGUUUCUGCAGUAACUUCCCUCAUGAGGCCGUGUGUGCGGAUCCCUGGGGCCAGGCCUUGCUGGUUUCCACUGAUGCCGGCGUCUUGCUAGUGGAUGACGACCUCCCAUCAGUGCCCGUGUUUGACAAGACUCUGCCCGUGAAGCAGAUGCAUGUGCUGGAGGCACUGGACCUUCUGAUCCUCAGAGCAGACAAAGGGAAAGAUGCCCGCCUCUUUGUCUUCAGACUGAGCGCUGUGCAGAGGGGCAUCGAGGGCAAGCAGGCCGUGAAGGGCAAGUGUGACUGUAGAGAAAACAAGCUCGAGAAAACAAAAGGCUGCCACCUGUAUGCCAUCAACACUCACCAUAGCAGAGAGCUGAGGAUUGUUGUUGCCAUUCGGAAUAAACUGCUUCUGAUCACAAGGAAACACAACAAGCCAAGUGGCGUGACUGGCAUGUCACUGUUAUCUCCCCUGUCAGAGUCACCUGUUGAAGAAUUCCAGUACAUCAGGGAGAUCUGUCUGUCCGACUCUCCCGCGGUGAUGACCUUGGUAGAUGGGCCAACGGAGGAGAGCGACAACCUCAUCUGUGUGGCUUACCGGCACCAGUUCGAUGUGGUGAACGAGAGCACGGGGGAGGCCUUCAGGCUGCACCACGUGGAGGCCAGCAGGGCCAACUCCGACGUACUGCCCCGGAUCCAACAGCCAGCUCCGGCCUCCUUCCCCAACAGAGGCCCCCUCCGGAGGGAGGUUAAUUUCGUUGCAGCUAUUGAUGUGUACGAAGACGGGGAAGCCGGUCUGCUCCUGUGUUACAACUACAGUUGCAUCUACAAAAAGGUUUGCCCGUUUAAUGGUGGCUCCUUUUUGGUUCAACCCUCUGCGUCAGAUUUCCAGUUCUGUUGGAACCAGGCUCCCUGUGCGAUUGUCUGUGCGUUCCCCUACCUGCUGGCCUUCACCACCGACUCCAUGGAGAUCCGCCUGGUGGUGAACGGGAACCUGGUCCACACGGCCGUCGUGCCUCAGCUACAGCUCGUGGCCUCCAGGUCGGAUAUCUACUUCACAGCAACCGCAUCAGCGAACGAGGUCUCGUCCGGAGGCAGCUCCAAGGGGGCCAGUGCCCACAAUUCUCCUCAGACACCCCCAGGCCGAGAUACUCCAGUGUUUCCUUCUUCCCUGGGGGAAGGUGAAAUUCAAUCCAAAAAUCUGUACAAGAUUCCACUCAGAAACCUGGUGGGCAGAAGCAUCGAGCGGCCUCUGAAAUCGCCCUUAGUCUCCAAGGUCAUCACCCCACCCACCUCCAUCGGCAUUGGCAUCGCGGCCAUUCCUGUCACUCACUCCUUGUCCCUGUCCCGCAUGGAGAUCAAAGAAAUAGCGAGCAGGACCCGCAGGGAGCUGCUGGGCCUCUCUGAUGACGGUGGAUCCAGGUCAGAAGGAGCACCAAAGCCCAAGUCAAAGGCCCGGAAGCGGCUAGAAGAAAACCAAGGAGGUCCCAAGCCAGGGACAGUGCGGUCCACUAGCAGUGACAGGAUCACAUCGAGCUCCCUAGAAAGUCCUUCCACUUCCGAAGCCAAUCCCAAUGGCCGUUACCAGUCGACCAGCUCCGACCCAGACCCUGUGGCCGAGCAAGAAGGCAGCCCCAUCUGGGGCAGCUGCCCCUUUCAGCUCACUGCUUUCUCGGAUGAAGACAUUAUUGAUUUGAAGUAAACAGAGUCCCAAUCAAGUUUGCCAUGUUUAAUUUUCUUACAGAGGUUUAUACUCUUUAGCCAGUUCUGACAUCAUUUCUCAACAAAAUGUGGCUUUUAGCCUGUGUGUGAUCUAUUGGACCAAACCUUCUGCACCCUUGGCCUGUUUGGGUCACUCUCCAAUGUCCGGUGCCAUCUUUCUUGACCUUUCUUUCUUUCUGUUCAGGAACCAUCAGUCCCCUUGUAAUAAAGGCGGUAGAUUUCACUGAGGUUUUAGAUUGAAACUUUGAAUAAAUCAAAAAUAUUCAUUCUUA